AUGGGGGCCUUACUCUCUAUUCCCCUCUUGGCUCUCCCCAGCGCCAGCACGCUCAUCACUGUUGCGACUUCGUGCUGCGGCGCCGCAACUUGUUCGGCAGUAUGUAGUGCUUGUGGGAAGUUUCAGAACAGUAUGGCGACGAGAAUCGCCUACGCCUUCAUCCUUCUAAUUAAUUCAAUCGUCUCUUGGAUUAUGCUCACGCCAUGGGCGCUGAAAAAACUACAACAUAUGACACUGGAUUACAUGGAGAUCCGUUGCGACGGAAAAGAGUGCCACGGUUGGGUAGCCGUCCAUCGCAUCAAUUUCGGCCUCGGACUUUUCCACCUUGUCCUCGCCCUCUUGCUCCUCGGCGUCAAAUCAUCGAAAGAUAGUCGGUCCGUCCUCCAAAACGGCUUCUGGGGCCCCAAGAUCAUUCUGUGGAUCGCCUUUGUCGUCGUGUCGUUCUUCAUCCCCGAGCCGUUCUUCUUCGUUUACGGCCAUUACAUCUCUUUCAUCUGCGCCAUGCUCUUCCUCCUUCUCGGUCUCAUUCUGCUGGUGGAUCUGGCUCACUCGUGGGCCGAGAUGUGCCUGCAGAAAAUCGAAGACCACGACUCGAGAGUCUGGCGUGGAUUGCUUAUCGGAUCGACCCUUGGCAUGUACCUCGCGUCUCUCGUCAUGACGAUCCUGAUGUAUAUCUUCUUCGCUCGUGGCGACUGUGCCAUGAACCAGGCUGCCAUUACGAUCAACCUGGUCGUCUUCUUGAUCAUCUCCUUCGUUUCGGUCCAGCCGGUUGUGCAGGAAUCAAACCCCAGAGCGGGCCUGGCCCAAGCUGCCAUGGUGACCGCGUAUUGCACCUACCUGACUAUGUCGGCUGUCUCGAUGGAACCGGACGACAAACAGUGCAACCCGUUGAUUCGGUCCCGCGGCACCAGAACCGCCAGUAUUGUCUUGGGUGCGAAUUGUCACCAUGGCGACCAUUGCGUAUACCACCACGCGUGCGGGCCACUCAAGGAAUUGCUUUGGGAUCCCAAGGGUGGGCACAGCUAUUCGCAACUGGGCAGUGAGGACAAUGAACAUGGUCUUGUGACUCAGCAGCCUACCAGUCGGCGUGAGAUGCGUGCCGAAGCACUCCGUGCUGCCGUGGCUAGCGGUAGUCUCCCCGCCAGUGCCCUCGAUGACAGCGACGAUGAAUCGGAUGAUGAAUAUGACACCAAAGACGAUGAGCGUGGUUCCACCCAGUACAACUACUCACUGUUCCACGUGAUCUUCUUUUUGGCGACCACCUGGGUAGCCACGCUCUUGACUCAGAAUUUGGACCCCAACACGGUGGACGACUUUGCGCCCGUUGGUCGCACCUAUUGGGCCAGCUGGGUGAAGAUCAUCAGUGCGUGGGUGUGCUACGCCAUCUACCUGUGGACGUUGAUCGCGCCGGUGCUCUUGCCGGAGCGGUUCGGUGUGUACUAA